AAGGUCGUGUGGUAGGUUUGAGUUUGUAGCAAAUCGAUCUAACAGUUGUACUUCCCGUAGUGUUUUAGUGUAUUUGGAGGUUAGAUUCGUAUGUUUCGAUUCUUUUGACCAGUAACCGGGAUUUUGACCUUUAUUCUUAAUUUAUCCGCGUUACUUACUGAAUAAACAAGAGUGCAUUGUAUGUGAUUUACUAGUCUACGUCUUUCAAUAUAUUCUUUGAAUUUUCAUGUACAUAACUAUGGUAGAAGAUAAACCUAUUUCUUAUCAGGAGAGCGCCACAGAAAACAAUACAUUAGCCAGUAGUAAAAUGGAUCCAAUUUACUCUGGUAAACAUUGCGAAGCUUCUUCUGAAUACGUUACUGCAAUUUAUUCGUACAUGCCUCAGCAUUCAGAUGAAAUAAAUCUACGAACAGGUCAAAAAAUUAAGAUUUUGUCCAAAGACUGUCGACAUUCUGGAGCUGAAGGAUGGUGGGUUGGCCAAGAACCAAAAACAGGUUAUGUUGGUGUGUUUCCUAGUGGAUAUGUUUUAAAUCCAGAUGACAUUGCAAACAGUGAAUCUUCAGGAGUGGAUGAAAUGAAAGCUAAUUCUUUUGAACCAAAUAAAUUGAAUGAUGUCACAUUUGGGAUAGGUAACAAUACGGACCAAAUUAUAACUGUAAAAGCAAAGGAAGAAAUAUCUCUCGACAAAAAAUCACCCGACAGUGACGUAAUCCUUAGACACGGUCAUGUUAGAACGAUUCCUGCUACUGAGUUAGUGCAAAAACAGUUUAUUGGUUCAGGAGCAUUUGGAAAAGUUUAUCGAGGUCUUUGGCGUGAACAGGAUAUUGCACUAAAAGUUAUAGAUCUAGCUACAAAUCAGGUAGACAAUGAAGCUUUGCAUUUGUGCAGAUUAUCUCAUCGGAACAUUGUGAGAUUUUAUGGAAUUUGCAGGUUAGACAGCUCUAAUUACCCAGCACUUGUAAUGGAAUAUGCUUAUGGUGGUUCGCUGAACAUGGUUCUCAAUCAACGACCUUUAUUAGGCCCCCUUGUUUUACUUGAUUGGGCAUUACAGAUCGCUAGUGGAAUGGCAUAUUUACAUACAGAUGCCAGAAUUUGUCAUCGAGAUUUAAAAUCAUCCAAUAUUCUUAUCAGAGAAGCUAUUCAAAAACCAUUUUCUCUAAAUGAACUUCAAAGGUGUACCCUUUUGAUAACUGAUUUCGGAAUGGCUUGUCGUUCUAGUCAACUAGCACCACAACAGUCUAAACUAGGCACUGUUGCAUAUGCAGCUCCAGAAGUUUGUCGUCAAGAGGGAUUUUCUUUCAAAUCGGAUAUUUGGUCAUAUGGUGUUGUGUUAUGGGAGUUGCUUACAUUAGAUAUACCAUUUCGUGCAAUGGAGCAACCUAGAUUAUUGUUUAUUAUUGCAAUGUAUAAUUAUACUCUGUACAUACCACCAGGCGUUCCAGAUCUCUUUGUCCAAUUACUUAAAGAUUGCUGGUCACCUACUCCUGAUAGUAGACCUAAAUUUGAAAAUAUUAUGGCUCGACUUAAAUCAUGCAAAGAUUGCAGUUUUGUAGAUUUAGAACCUAGUGAAUUAGCUCAAAUUCAACAGGAUUGGCGUGAACUUAUAGCAGUCCACUAUAAAGAAGAACAACAAACCGUAGCUGAAGCACUAUCAUCAUCGUUCAAAAGUGGAAGUUUAGAUUUUUCAACAGAACUUUUAACACAGCUGGAAAUGUUACGUGAUUAUCGUGAAUCACUGGAUAGGGUGAGAGCAGAUCUAGUGGAAAAAGCUCAUCAACUUCAUAUAAAAGAGGAAUUGUAUAAUCGGGUGGCUGACACCAUGGGCCAACAUUUUAUGUUUUUGGCUGUACUGGCUGCUAAUCAUUUUAAAGAUCCUACUCAUAAAAUUCAAACUGCUCAACCCAAACCUCCUCCACCUAGAAAACGUCCGUUUGUUCGUAGUAUUUUUAAGCGAUGGGGAACUAAUGCUACUUCGUCCACUAACAAUUUCCAAGUAAAGGAUCUUAAACGGUCAAUUAAUUCUUCACAAUAUACUUCUAAUAAUCGUUCACAUUUGAAUGUAAAUACAAAUAAUUCUUCAGAUUUGAAUAAUUCUUUUUGUGAUGAAACUCCAUCGAUUUCACGUGACACAUCCAGUCGAGUUGGUUGUAGUCAAGGUGGAAUACCUCUAAUUUCACCUCCCACAGAUAUGAAACAUGUGGUUCAUGUGGACUCAGAUUGGUUUACUGGUCAAGGGUUAUGCGAGUCAACGAUGCGGUUAUUUCCUUCUGCUAAAAUCACAAGCUCUUCACUGGGUUCAAAUACUGACAAAUAUCGUAAUAUGUCAUCAGGUCAUUGUUACAGUCCUCAAAUAAGAACGUUUGUAAACACUAAGUCGGAUAGUAAUAUGACAGAUAAAUCUAAUCCGAAAUCACUACGUAUUUAUUCUAGUGGAAAUAAUAUUACAGAUCUUCGAUCGCGUGAACAGCGUUUUGUUGAUGUCCAAACAAACUCACAAAGAAAUUUGAAUCGGUUGCCUAGGAAACAAAAUUUUAUUCGGAAAUUUGAAAGUAGAAACAGUUUAGAUUUCCUACAAAAGUCAAGUAAUCACUCAGUUGGGUUUAGUAAUUUUUUCACGCCGAUCAACUCCUGUUGCUAUGAAACUAAUCAUGAUUUACAUCGUAAUGAACAUUCUCAGAGUGCGUAUCAUCACUGUAGACUUAUAAAACCCAUCAUAGGAACUGAUAAUCGUAUGCGUAAUAAUAAUAGUCCACCGUUUUUUGAAAGACGUCGUUCAGCUUCUGGACCGGUAACCUUUUUUACUCGGUAUUCUAAAAUAAGCGACCAGCUCAAGAGUAAUGCUGAUGAAAGUUUACUCGAUGGGAAACUUAACGAAUUACUUUGUAUUAUUUGUGACCCUUCCAUGCCGUUGCUAACAUCUGGUUGUACUCAACAUUAUUCCGGAAGAUCUCUGUCUACUACAACACCAUCUACUGCUGGUUUUAGCUCAGAUAUUACUGAAAGCUCUUAUUUCUUGAACCCCACUGGAAAUUCAACUGUUGAAAAUGUGUUGUUGUCAGCAUUUCGUCUUCUGGCUUCCUUUUGUUUUUGGGGUAUUGAACCUGAUAUUGAUGACGGGAAAGCGAAUUCGUUAAUUCCUCUCUAUUCUACACCACGUUCGUUCCAUAAUUUUGGAAAGAUUUAUCCUGUUGCAUAUUAUACCUCACAGUCUGGUCUGGGUUAUAGUAGACAGAAGAAUUCAGUGAGAAACGCUGCUAACUCAUCACUAUUAUUCGGACACAGCGAAUCUGAUUUUCAGUAUGUUUCCUCAAGUAAUUCAGUCUGUCCUAUUGAAAAGCGCAAGUAUAAAUUUUCAAUUCAAAACACACGACGUAUACAGAGCGCUGAUCGUCGUCGCAAUUAUAACUAUAAUACUUUUUCAGAAUGUCCUGUUUGUGUAAAUAUGGGCCUUGACUCUAUUUAUCCAUGUGAAAAGUUUCCAGAUCAUCAGGUUGAAUUCGGGGACCCGCAUUCACCAUUUCUCGGUAUGCUGGCAGGAAGUGGAAGGCGACCUAAUCCAUCUUCAAAUAUGAAGGAAAUAAAUCAUUCCAACUUUCCAAUCAUCCCAUCAAAUGAAAUGAUGUCAAGUGAUAAGAGAGAAAACUAUUUCACUUUUCAACAUGAUUUUUUAAAAGAUAUCAAUCAAAAAACAGGUGGGCAACAACAAUGUAAGCACAACAAGCUCAGUGAUUACAUUUAUGUAAUAAUAAUAAUCAAAUGAAAAUAGUUGAGAAAAAUGAAUCCACAGGUAACUUAAAUAAUGCAUUUUACUGUCCUCAUCUUUCUGUUUGCAUUGACUAUUGUCAAAAUAGCACACGAAAUAAAGACAUAGAUGUAGCCACUAUUAAGACAACAUUACCAUACAUACCAUCUUCUUCACAUUUAGCACAAAGGUGGUCAUUUGAGCAUAGUAAAGAGUUACAUAAAGAUAUAUGCUCUUCAUUUUGUUCGUUUUUAUCGUGCCGAAAAUUGUCAAUUGAUUGUCAGUCCAGUAUGAUUUCGGAUUGCUUAAGGUCAGUAGAUAAACAUUCAGUAUCUGAGGCUCCUGGUCAUUCAAUCGAAAGAAAUUCUACUAAUCAGUUCUCUCAUUCUCUCGUAUCAAUGAAUCCUGUUGGUAUGUCGCGUGAUGCGUACUUAAAGGCAACACAAGACGGCUUUCUUAAUCGGACCAUUUAUGAACCAUCUGAAGAUCUUGAAUUUUGUUAUUCCCCCUAUUCAAAUCAGACAUCUCAAUCCAAUUCUCUCCAACGUUUCAGGGAUAAUCAAUCUUUUUCUGGUGUUUAUCCAAAUACUCAUGCAUUGUUCAUUGAGAACGACUCAAAAUCUGGAUCUGGAUCAGAGUUUGAAAGUUAUGAUGAUACAAAUGAAUUAGAUUAUCCCAAUUUUAUUUUACAUUCCUCUUCUUCAUCAAAACACUCUCAACAACCCAAAAAUUUUUAUUCACCUUCAAAAAUACAUUUAAGUGAUUCAGAUAAGCCCCCAGAAACUAAUGGCUACUUCUCCCACAAUCUUAAUGUAAAUAUUAAUACCUGUCGAGAAGAUGAUGAUCGUGUAACUCUUGUGCCAGUUGAAUCUGAGGAACUAAGUAACGUAAUUCAACCAUAUUCAGAUAAUGAGGGAAAAGGAGAGAUAAUUCAGAGUUUCAAAUAAAUUAAAAGUGAAGACAAUAUAUACUGCAUGCAUUGAUAUACUGGACGAUAUCCUACAACAGUAAUAGACUAUGUUCAAUGACUUAAUCAAUGUCAUUAUGUGUCUAUAACCACGUUUUACGCUACAUGUAACACUAAUUUAAAAGACAGACCAUUAUUGGAUAAAUUAUUUCAAAGAAACUCACGUGAAUAUUUUCUUGGCUGCUGUGAAAUUGAAUACAUUAUUAAAAAAAUGCGAUUUUAGUAUUAUUUGUAACAAUAAACAUUUGUAAAUGAAUCAAGUUAUAAAUAAAAAAUCACUUAUCAUUUUAUGAAUAUUGGGCGAGAAAUUUCUCAUUUAAAUAUCACCUUUCAGAUAAGUGUUUUUCGUCAAAUAAUUUUAAUGCAACAAUGACUAAUAAAUCAUUUGUAAAGUAUACGAUGUACAAUGUUUUUGGUGGACAGAACUGCAUAUUUAAUGAAUGAAGGUGGG